CUCUCAAAAAAAUUCUCAUCUAUUCUUUUCUUCUCCCUCACCACUUACCCAACACCUUCCUUCCUUUUGAAUUCCUAAUGAAAAUAUCUGGGCUCUCCAUUGUUCAGCUCACGCUUGCUUCAAUAGUUUUGCUUCCUAACUCAAUUUUAACUCAGACAGCAGAAGAAAAUGCUAUUUUCUCGAGAUAUUAUUUUUCACCUGUUGUAAAAGAUGGAAUCGUAUAUAUCUUUGGUGGCUCCAAUCAAACUCUAGAUGUUCCUUUCCUCAAUAUUGCAAAUGGGCUUGAAGACACCAAUAACCCUGUUUGGAAUUGGUGGUCCGCCCCAAAAGACGAUAAAUUAAGACCGUUUGAUAGAGGUGUAGCUUACCUCGGUGCUAAUGAUGAAAUAUUCGUUCAAGCUGGUGGACUAUCAACUACAACCCUUGAAAGUUUAGUCAAUUUCAAAACCAAUGGCCAAUGGGUGAAUGCCACCACAGUUGGUAGUCGUCCCUCUACGAGUUUAAUGACUGCCACUGUAAAUCCAUCGACUGGCAUUGCUUAUUAUUACGGAGGACAACCUUUAACAGAUCAUAGAGUUGAUAUUAAAAAACAUGCUCUUUCAUCUUUUUACAGUUUUGAUACAUAUUCAAGUCGCUGGACAGCAUUAAAUCCUACCGCUCCCGCAGCUGUGCGUCCAGGUCGUAAUUCUCAUACUUCAAAUAUCAUUAACAAUCAAAUGUUCAUUAUGGGUGGUCUUACAGAUGGUGCUAAUGAUACCGUCAGAACUGUCCAAGCAGACUUCGAAAGUGUUCUUGUUUAUGAUAUCAUUACAAACAAUGCGAUCUCCGUAACUACUCUUGGUGAUAUUCCAGGCGCUAGACAAGGCUACUCUACUGCUUUAGGUUUAGAUGGUCAUUCUAUUGUUAUUUAUGGUGGAUACAUCUUUGAUGGAACAGCCAAUUUUAACCCUGCUCCAAAUGAUGUGUACGUGCUCGAUACUUGUACGCUUACAUGGCGCAAACAAGAAGUAAGCGGUACAUCACCUGGAACAUUGUAUGCCCAUAGUGCUAUCAACGUUAACGAUUACAUGAUCCUUUUGAUGGGAAAAGUAUCAGAUGCAGAAUUCAAUGACCAUAUCUAUAUUCUUGAUAUGAAACAAUGGAAAUGGGUCACCAGUUUCACUGCCACCGCUGAUACUAUUCCUGGUUCUGAAUGCCGAUUUGAAUUACCUAACGUCAAUUCUACAAAUUUUGUUCCUUAUAGUUAUGAUUUUGGAGUUAUCGCCAAUCCUCUCACACCCUCUGAAAAAAAGAAGGUGAAUGGAAAAGGUUUUGGUAUUGGAUUCGGUAUUGUGGGUGUUUUAUUGGUCGCAGGUGGUGUCUUUUACUAUAUGAGACGUGUACGCAAUAAGAAAUCUAGAGCUUUGAAUCCUAGAUGGAUGCGCACUAUUCCUGCACAAAAAGAUAGCAGCUAUAGCAAUGAUCGUGAUUACCCAUUGUUUGUUUAUAACAAAGAAUUAGAUAAUGACAACAAUAACAAUCCCAACGCCCCCCGUAAAAAUUCCGGUGCAUUUGCCCCUAACGGUGUCCGAACAUACACUGCCUCAGAUCACGAGCAAUGGGAACAACAAUUGAACCAGGAAGCUGAGAAUCCUGAUAAUACAGCACGUCGUCACAGUGAUAUCUGGAGUCGUAUGCGUGGUUUGAACGACGCCUCUGUUAUUAGCGACGAAGAAGUUCAGCACAACCGUAACCCUAAUCAUACCUCUGGUAAACUCGUUGAUUUUUAAACGAGCACUUUAUCUUUAAUAAAACAUAUCCAUUCCUUCAUUA